AUGGAGAAGAUUACGGAUAAGAUCAAUGCCUUGCCUGAUGGCGCCAACUACUUCUCGCUCGAGUUCUUCCCGCCCAAGACGGCAAUGGGAUUUGCAAACCUCCAGACGCGAUUAGAGCGCAUGUCUCAGGCGCUCCGCCCGCUGUUUGUCACCGUCACUUGGGGUGCCGGAGGAUCCACGGCCACAAAGUCGCUCGAGCUGGCCGAGAUUUGCCAGCGCCAACUCGGCCUCACAACAUGCCUCCAUCUGACAUGUACCAAUAUGAAUCGCCAGCUCAUCGACGAGGCGCUCGAGCAGGCUCAAGUGCUGGGCAUAAGGAACAUCCUGGCCCUGAGGGGUGAUGCGCCGCGCAGUGAAGAGUACAGGGAUGAGGAUACGCCGCCGGAACAGGAUUCGAACAAGGACUUUACGUGGGCGGUUGACCUGGUCAGGUACAUUCGGAAGAGCUAUGGCGACUACUUCUGCAUAGGUGUCGCUGCGUAUCCAGAGGGUCACUCGGACCAGAGCCACCCCGAGCAUCAAGAUCCGCUGUUUGACCUGCCGUAUCUUGUCGAGAAGACAAAGGCCGGCGCCGAUUUCAUAAUGACGCAGUUGUUCUACGACGUGGAAGCCUACGACAAGUUUGAGAAGAUGCUCAGGGAGCACGAGAGUGGAGUGUUCAAGACGAUACCCAUAAUACCGGGAUUGAUGCCAAUCCAGUCGUACAAAAUCCUGCUUCGGACUACCAAGCUGUCGCAUGCAAAGCUCCCCGCGGAAAUCCUAGCGCGACUGGACGCAGUCAAGACCGAUGAUGAAUUAGUCAAGCAAGUGGGUGUUCAGAUCAUGGACGAGAUAGUGGAGCAUAUCAAGGCGCGGCCAGAUACUUGCAGGAGAGGCUUCCAUUUCUACACUCUCAACCUGGAAAAGGCCGUCUCGCAUAUUCUGGAAGAUACAAAUCUCAUUCCUAGCACAAUCAUAGAGGAUGGUGAGGUCAUUGUAGAGACAACGCCCGCCAUCAACCUGGAGCCGCCACCCAACGGCUUCGUACCUCACAGACGUCGGUCAUCAGCCGUAAACUCUGGUCCGCGCAACAGAGUGAUAGUAUCACACAUUUCCGCUGCCAGAUCGAGCAACCCUUCGUAUGAAGCGACUGAAGAGGAGGCUGGAGCGCCACGAGGACCAAUCAACACUCGUGCAACUACACUGGCAAUCUCGGAAGGCGAAGGAUCCCUCGGUCGUGAAGCAACGUGGGAUGACUUCCCCAACGGUCGAUGGGGUGAUGCACGUUCGCCCGCUUUCGGUGAGAUUGAUGGCUACGGUCCAACGCUGCACGUCUCUACACCCCAAGCACUCAAGCUCUGGGGCCACCCCGUCGAGAAGAGCGACAUCUCCGCCCUGUUCCGCCGCCACAUCGAAGGAGACCUUGAAGCCAUACCAUGGAGCGAACAGAGUCUCUCGCCUGAAACCAUGACCAUCAGCAAGCAACUGCUGGCUCUGAACGCAAAGGGCUGGUGGACAGUAGCCUCGCAGCCCGCCGUCAACGGCGUCAAAUCCACAGACCCCAUCUUCGGCUGGGGCCCCAAGAACGGCUACGUCUUUCAAAAACCCUUUGUCGAGUUCUUCAUCCCCGCCUCGGAAUUCGCCGCCCUCCAACCCAAACUCGACGCCCACGAACAGGUUACAUACUUUGCCGGCAAUGCUGCCGGUGACUUUGAAGCCAGCCAGGAAGACAGCGUGAACCCCGUGACGUGGGGCACGUUUGCAGGCAAGGAAAUCGUCACGCCUACGAUUAUCGAGGCUGUCAGUUUCAAGAGUUGGCUUGAAGAGGCGUUUAGCAUCUGGCAGGAGUGGCAGAGGAUUUACCCCCCGAGAAGCGCAUCGAGCACGCUGUUGGGUUCGCUGAGACGCGACUACUGGCUUAUCAAUGUCAUUUGGGGUGAUUUUGUCAAUGGCGAGGGGCUCUGGGAGUUUUUGGGACAGUAGCGCCAUCAUGUUGAUUCUGUGAGCGGAGUGACUGGUCAACCAUGUAUCUGUAAAUAUAGAUGCAGGAAAGGGGGAUAGUGUCUCUGUUAGUACAAAUUCG